AUUAUUGAAUUGGACUGGGAUAAAUUGUUUGCUUUUUUUAAGUGUAUGUGCACCCCUUGUGAAUUUUGGUUUGUUUUAUUAUCGAAUUAAUAUACAAUAAAUGAAAACAAUUAAAAAAAAUAAAUAAAAAAAAAAAAUAAAAAAAACAUUGUAGCGUUUAUCCUGUUUCUCUGCCAAACCGGCGUUUCGCUGAGACUCUCGCCCUCUCGUGGCCAAUUACGUCACUGCAUGCGUUUUCAUCCCUGAUUCGACCAAUGAGCGCGGCGCCUCGGAAGCCGUUCUCUUCCUGAUGGCAUGGAAACAGUGGAAGAAAAAUCGAGGUCAAAAUAUUUUGACACGUGACUCGGUAGCGAUUGGUUAUCGAUGCGUCAAGACCCUGACACAUGGCACGGGCAUAUGCGACCAAAGUGGCGUGAUGAAGAAUCAUCCUUGUGCAGAAAACACGGACGUGCUUUUUGGUUGCCUGUGUCUGUAACCCGCCAUGACUAGCUGUAAACGAAAACCACGUAGUUGUUGUUGUUGUUGUUGUAGUUCACUGAAUAGAUGAGUUAGGCAUUUGUGUGGGUAGAUGAUGGGUAACGCAAGUAUUGACGUAAUCUGUAGAGAAACGCUGAUCUAGGGGAGAGUGAGAGCUCCCCCGCAACAACAUCAUCCAAGAGUGAAGGGAUCCUCUGCAUUUAUUUCUCACCGCACAAAACGUGUAUUCAACCACCCGAGUCUGCAAACACACUGUGCUACACGGAUAUUAUGCUGAAUGUGGCAUUGAAAUGUUUGGUUUUAGAUUCACUGUUCAAUAGCUGUCUGUGCGCAUUAGUUUUAACUGCCUGGCCAUACUGACUUGACCUGAACUAGUUAAAAUUUCCCAAUUGGAAAGGGCGAAGUCUGCACAGCAACAAGAGCCAUGAUUGCGUUGUGCACUGCCUAAACGGCUAUAGCGCGCUUCUGGUCCAAUUGCUGGUGCUUUCUGACUGCAAAAUCUGCCACAGCCGUAGUAAUACCUUGACAACCGGACCCGGGCAUACCGAGAAACAUUUUGACAACUCGACGACGGGGAUAAUUUUUUUUCCAAAUCAAUGCCUUGAAGUUUGUUGGACAGGUCCUCGGAUAUUCCUGCACGAAAGUUCUCACGGGGGCAAUUAAAAUGAAGUACUGGUGCACUCAGGAGUCUUCAUCAUCAGGAUACGAUGGAGCUCUUGGAGGAGGACCUCACAUGCCCAAUAUGCUGCUGUCUCUUCGAGGACCCGCGCGUUCUGCCGUGCUCUCACAGCUUCUGCAAAAAGUGUCUCGAGGGCAUCCUGGACGGUAACCGGAGCCCUGCAUGGAGACCACCGUUCAAAUGUCCGACCUGUCGAAAGGAAACCGUGCACAACGGCAUCGCGAGCUUGCAAGUCAAUUACUCAUUACGUGGCAUCGUGGAGAAGUACAACAGGAUUCGAGUGAUGCCGAGGAUGUCUCUCUGCCGAGUUCACAACGGACAACCGCUCAAUAUCUUCUGCGCCACGGAUCUGAAGCUCAUCUGUGGGUUUUGCGCCACGACAGGUGAUCAUAAAGGACACAAGUUUUGCGCGCUGGAGGAGGCGUACGAACGCGAGAAGCUCGCGUUUGAGGACUUGUUUCGCGUCGUGGAGGGCUGGAGGGGCACGGAGGUGCAUUCGUGCCUGGAAUCGUUAGAGGCAGCUAAGAAGAAAGCGCUGGAGAGGGUCUCGCGGGACGCGGAUCAAGUCUCAGAGUACUUUGACAAACUUUUGCGCACGCUGGGGCACAAACGGAGCGAGAUUCUCUCGGACUUGGAGACUCUGAAGCUCGCUGUCAUGCAGACCUUUGACCCCGAGAUCAACCAGCUGCGCUCGGCUCUCGAGGAGCAGCGGCGCGCGCUCAGCAUCGCCGAAUCGUUUCGUUCGCUCUCCGACCCGCUCACUUUCCUCCAGCAGAUGCAGGACUUCAGAGAAAAGCUGCGUGUCAUUCGGGGAACGCCACUGCCAUCGCGGACUGACGUGGACGUGGGUUUGCUUGGCCUGCAGAGCUUCGAUGUGAAUGAAUGGGACCGGGUGCGUCUUGGAGAGGUGGACAAGCUGUGCGCCCCCUACGAGAGCAGCGCGUACCUGUCUUCGUUGCCCCCUGCUGCCGCUCCGCGCUUCUCCCGGGUGAUGUGGAGAGUUGUUCUGGUGGUAUGUGCGUGUCUCCCCGCGCUAAACUUUCUUCCAUCGGACUGUCUCGCUUUGAGCUUCCAGGAUAAGGUGGUCGCGCUCAGUGGCUUUUCUCUGCCCGGUCCUGGAGAGAUUGUGCGCUGGCUCGGGUUCUGCUGGAAAGAAGCGGCUGAGAUCUGCACACUACUAACAGAGAUGUGUCGGAACUGUAUCUUGGACCUGAUAAACACAACAUCAGAUUUCAUCAGCUGAUUUUAUAACUCCGUUCCUUAGGUACUUUUUUAUGUACUAUAAUGUGCCAACCUACACUAUCUCGUAGAUUUGUAGCAUUGGAAAACGUUAGUUCUUGUCUCUGUUUUUGAAUUUGUAACAAAAAUACAGUUAGCAUUUGUGUGCUAUUAAAUUGCACUGAUUUUGUCUGUUGGUUUUAAAUGGAAAAUCAAAUGUGGGUGGAUGGGAUACUAAUGGGAUAACGUUCCCAAACUUUAAAUUAAAAACAAAUUGCCCUGUUCACUUUAUAUAGAGCUAAAUAGUUCAUCUCCACCAGCUCAUUUCGAGUACGGGCUGACAGCUUGGUUGAAUAAAUUAUACAGUUUUGUUUAACUAAAAACUAAAAGACAAAAGUUAACUAAGAGACAAACUAAAGAAGAGGAACACUUAUCCCGAUGCAUUGAUAUCUUUUAUCUUCUCUGUGCGACUUAUCUGGAUGCUCAAGGUUAAACGUUACGUAACAAUGUCAGGCUCGCAGCAGCACAAUAUUUAGGUUCUUCAGUCAUUCAUUUACAAUGUUUAAAUAGAAUGAACUUGCAUCCUGCAAUAUGUUUGUUUUGUUGCUGCUUUAACUCCUAUUAUUGCAAUAGCAUUUGAUAUCAUGGGAACAUUUUGAAAUUAUUAGUGCCUAAACAAAAGUUGUGAACAUGCUUAAAGAAAUGGAUUGUUGUUGUUGUUGUUGUUUGUUUGGGGGGAGUUCUUUUAUAUAGCUACUAUUUUAUAUUUCUAUUCAAAGACCAGAGCUCACCAAUGUCUCCGUAAUGUUUACAAUUUCACCUAAGAGAGAGAUAUGAGAUGUGCAAGAUUUAACACAGUCAGGACUGUUUAGAGAAAAAAAGAAAAGAAAAAAAAACCUGAAGGUAUCCCCGUUUUUCCCACUGUUUAAACAGGAAUCCUGAGAGAUUCUCGGACUACUCUGUUCUGAUAUGACGUCACCGCUGGAGCCCUGCGCACGUCACCGAACAUAUAUUUAGCCGACUGUUGCCAGGCGAAAUGGGGAUGAAAAGUGAAAUUACCUACUUUAACCUACUUUACCAAAUAAAACCUUACAUAACAAAGAGUAAAUAGAAUAACAAUGAAUUUAUUAAUAAACAUGCAUUUUCUGAAUCCAUGCAUAAUGCAUUGCCGACAAAUAGGAAGCUCACUCUGAAAUGGCGCCAUGUGUUAUGUAAUUCCAAUUCUUCGAUUUUCUCUCUUUUUAACAAAUGUAACAUUGUGUCUUAAUAACAAGGGCACCAUCUUCAAUCUAUCGCAUACCCUACCUAUCUUGCACCAGUAACUUCAAUUUUAUGGCAUUAUUUUAAGGAAAAAAAGGCAGCCUUCAACAUCAUUUCUUUUUGCUUUAAACGUUUGGUCUUUCUGUGUUUAAUGUUUCAAAUGAUUCAUUUGUUUUAAUUUGUCAAUAGGCUACUCGUCUCUUGAAGGAACUGACUCUGAACUGAAAAGCUACACUUUGCAUGUUGCUGUUUUUUAUUUGUAAAGUUGAAAUUUGUUAGGGAUAUCCAAAUAAAUUUUCCGUCAUACAUGUAUAAACUAUUCUAGUUCUAGCAUUAUGCUUAUUUCUCUUUAAAAUGUGUGUCAAAUGAAAUACAUGGCAUACCUCGAUAAUGUCUUUAUU